AGAGCAAAGAAGAAAAAGCUGAAGCUUUGAUCUUCUAAAGAAAAAUCAAGGGGACUUUGACAGAAAAGCUUCUUAUGGAUGUCUUUGCUUUCCAUGGUUCUUUCUCCAUGUGGAAAGAUGUUGCCGGAAUCGCAGGCAACAUAUUUGCAUUUGGACUAUUCAUUUCACCAAUGCCAACGUUUAGGAGAAUAUUGAGGAACAAAUCAACCGAGCAAUUCUCUGGUUUACCAUACAUUUACUCUCUCUUAAACUGCUUGAUCUGCCUUUGGUACGGCUCACCUUUCAUAUCCCAAAGAAACCUCAUGCUAGUGACUGUGAACUCCGUUGGAGCCACUUUUCAGCUUUGUUACAUUAUCCUCUUCAUCAUGCAUACAGACAAGAAGAAUAAGAUGAGGAUGCUUGUUCUGCUUCUUGUGGUGUUUGCUGUGGUUGGAUUGAUUGUAGCUGGAAGUUUACAGAUACCUGAUAAGCUCGCACGAUGGUACUUUGUUGGGUUCUUGAGCUGCGCUUCUCUUGUCUCCAUGUUCGCCUCGCCUUUGUUUGUUAUUAACUUAGUGAUUCGGACUAAGAGCGUUGAGUUUAUGCCGUUUUACCUAUCUCUAUCAACGUUUUUGUUGAGUGGUUCCUUCCUCCUUUACGGGUUAUUCAACAGCGACGCCUUUGUUUAUACACCAAAUGGAAUAGGAACGGUUCUUGGUAUUGUGCAGUUGUCUUUGUACUGUUACUACCACAGGAGUUCUAUAGAAGAAGAAACAAAAGAGCCUUUAAUUGUUUCUUAUGUGUGAGAUCAAUGGUGGGAAAAAAAAGAAAACAAGAAUGUGGAUACAUACAAGAUUCUUUGUUGUUUUAUAUUAUUGUCUAUACAUUGUCUAGCACCUUGUGUCUAUAUCUACCGGCUUUCGUUAUCUCAUGGCGUGAAGAUGUUUAUCCUCUCGGCUUCUGUCAUGAUCGAAAGAUGGAGAUCUCUUCUCAGUUUUGAUGGCUCAUUUGCUGAAGAUUAUCUGAGACCACAUGAAAGAAUUUCGUUUUUUUUUGUGUGAUGGAAAUCUCUGGUGCUUGGUAUAUAAUAUAUCUGAAGAACAUUUGUCCAUAUGAUUUUAUUUGUCUUAGAAGAUUAUUCUAUUUGUUUGUCCAUACGAUUUUACAUCUUUUUGUCAGAAAUAUAGAAUAAACUUUGCAUA